GAGGAGGAGGAGGGAAGCUGUGGGACGAAGAACAAGAGGCAGGCUUUGCCUUUUCUGGUAGUUAAAGUUGCUGAAAGUACAAGCAGGAAUUCUUGGUGCAGCACAAGGCAAGAUAUAAACCAGACUGUAGAGGCUGAUAUAUGAAGUCAAGGGAGAUGCUGCUGUCCAUGGAUGAAGUGAGAAAGUGACGAUAAUCUUUUGGGCAUCAUGGAUGAUGACUUUGACCGCCGCAUGGAGCUGAGGAGGCAGAGGAGGGAACAGAUGCGCCUCGAGGGUGAAAAGGUUGGUUACACGAAUGAGGAUGAUGAGGAGGAGGCUCGGGAGCGAAGGAGACGUGCAAGGGAAGAGAGAAAGAAGAUGAGAGAGAUGGAGGAGUCUGGUACCACUGAUGAGAUCAACACCAACAGUGUGACAGAGACAGAGACAGGGACAGAGUCCACCACCGCUGCCACCAUCGCUGUGGACGAUGACCAGGCUCUGCUGGAGCGUUUGGCCAAGAGGGAAGAACGGAGGCAGAAGAGAAUGAAGGAGGCCAUGGAGAGACAGAAGGAGUUGGAUUCAACCAAUACCAAUGGCCUAGAUAGCACAUUGGAAGAGCAGUCGAAAAUCAGCAGCAGCAGCAAGCAGCAACACGAUGAGGAAGUGGAGGAACCAAAAAAAACAGAGGAGGAUAACUUGUUAGGGAAAGAAGAAGAUAAGAAGGAAGAGGAGGUAAAGCCAUCUGCUGAGGAAUCACCUGCCACAACAAAUAAAGAGGAAACAGAAGACAAAGAAGAACAUCCCGACACAGGAAAACCAGAUGUGGAAGAAGAGGUCAUUCCUGAUGCUGACAAAGAGGAGGAAGAGAGGAAAAAGAAAGAAGAAGAAGAAGAAAGACAGCAAAAAGAGAUGGAAGAAAAGCUGAGGAUAGAAGAGGAGAAGCAAAAACAGGAAAUGGAGGAAAAACUGAACAGGGAGGAAGAAGAAAGGAAGCAAAAGGAGGAGGAGCUGAGGAAGAAGAGGGAAGAGGAGGAAGAAAAACAGAAACAGGAGAUGGAAGAAAGACAAAGGAAAGAGGAGGAGGAGAAAAAGAAAAAGGAAUUGGAGGCUGAGGAGAAAAAGAAAAAAGAGGAAGAGGAUAAACGCAAAAAGAGAGAGAUGGAGGAAAAGAAGAAGAAAGAGGAGGAGGAGAAACCAAAGAGAUUUGGUUUUAAGGAGAAGAAUGAACCGACCAAACAGAUAGGAUCUCCCUUUGAGAGUAAACUUAAGAAAACAGAGAAGACAUCAAGUAGGGAAAAUGUUCCCUCCAACAAAGCAGAUGAAGUACAGAAACAGGAAGCAGAGAAAAAGCUGCAGGAGCUGAAGCGGAGGCGAAAUGAUGCAGAGAGUGAGGAGCUUGAGAAAAUGAAGCAGAAGCAGCAGGGUGCCGAGGCAGAACUGGAGGAGCUGAAGAAGAAGAGAGAGGAAAGGAGGAAGGUCAUGGAGGAGGAGGAGAAGCAGAAGAAACAGGAGCUUGAGGAGAAAAAGGCCAAAGAGCAGGAGGAGAAGAAGAGGAUGAAGGAGGAGAUAGAGAAGAGAAGGGCAGAGGCUGCAGAGAAGAAGAAACAGAUGGAGGAGGAGUCUGGUAAACCUGCCUUCACCAUCAGCCCCAAAGGCUCCUCAAAGAUUGGAGAGAAGGCAGGAUUCUUGAACAAGUCGGCCCAGAAAAGCACUCCAUCCAGAGUGUCACACACCCCAAUCGUCUCCAAGAUCGGCAACAGAAUGGAACAGUAUGCCUCUGCUGUACAGGGACAGAGAGAAGUCAAGUCCCCCAAGUCAACUGUGGCAGAUAUCCCCUCUGGAGGUGCACGUAAUAUCAAGAACAUGUGGGAGAAAGGCAACAUCAGUGGAUCCUCCGAAAGUCCAUCCCCUGCCAAUAAGGAUCUUGCUGGUAUCAAAGUAGGCGUGGCUGGACGAGUCAACAGCUGGAUGGCAAAGCCUGCAGAGCCAGAGAAGACAGCAGCACCUGCACCAGUGGCAUCAUCACCAGCAGCAGCAUCACCAGCAGCAAAGCCAGCAGAUCAGAAACCAGGUGACAUUGGUAAUAAGCGUGGCAUGUGGGAAACCAAGAAGGGCUCCACACCUGCCAAGGUGGCAGUUGGAGGCAAGGGCAAGUGGUAAGAGCUAAAGGUGCCAUCAAAAUGCCCCUUUAACCUAUAGCCUCACCUGAACAAAUUCAAGACUCUGCUAAUGUAUGUGCAUCCGUUCCCUUUCGACAAAUGUUAGAGCUCACAGCAGAAGAAGAAGAAAAGAUGAGGGACCAUGAUGGAAAAGAAUGAAAGAUUUUCAACAUAAAAAAAUCUGUCAUACCUAGACAAUUCCAGGAGUAAAAUCUCAUAUUACACACUUAAUGGAAAAUGAAACUGAUUGUAUUGAGGUAUUCAUCAGUGUUCCUUUUGUAUCCCAUUUGCUGAUUUCAGAUCAGGAUGCAUGAGCAUUAUGUUGCUUUUAAGCUUUUAUCCAAAAUAAGCAUUCGUGUUAACAGUCAUACACAUUCAUUUUUGCUUUUUUUUAGAUAAUAGUCACUGUUUUGGCUUUUUAACUCAGGCUGUUUAGUGGUAAUCUCAUAGGUCUAUCCAACCACCGAGCUGGAUGUUGCCAAUUAGCCUGUACAUAUAGAAUUAUGCUAUAAGUCAACGCUGUUUUAUUCAAUAAACAGCAGGGAAUGGAAUUAAUUAAAUGUCAAAAAAGAUAGAAUUCAUCACCUAUUAUAAUUUACGACCUUUAGCUGCUAUGUUGUAAAAAAAUCCACUGACUGGUGUUUAUACUUUCAGCACCACUCACUGAGAUGAGUUUUAUUUACGAUACAAUAACAUAGAUUUGAAGAAAUAUUUGGUCAUGGGAAAACAACCAGAACAAGUUGGAUUCAUAAGAUAAUAUUUACUUAAAAAAUGAAAUUUCCCUCCAAAUUAACCAUGUGUUUGUCUUAUUUGUGUCUCCACAAAGUUUAAUCAAGACUUUUGCAGAUUCAUCAACAAUUCAUUAACUUUUAGGAUUUAAUGGAUUAUUACAAAGUACAGGGGUAUUUGUUGGACUUAAUGACUGCUAUCAGAAAAAAAAAAGACCUUUCAUUUUGAUGCCACCAGUCAAUGGUUGUCAGUCUCAUAUGGCAUCAUCUACAGGCAUAUUUCUGUUUUUAUGACCCUGAUGACCCCUAACUCAUACUGACAAUAAUCAUUGCACUCUUCGUCAUUGUGAAUGGGUGAUGCAGUUUUACAUAAAUUCAAAGACAAAACACAAUUUAAAAACAGUUUUCUGACAUGAAAUGAUGUAAAACCAAGAAACAUUUUUAUAAUAAAUGUAUUACAACCAGUGCACAGGCUGAAUUUGUCUCCAGGGCAACAAACUACUUCAUCAGAAAACAAAAACUGGAUUUGUUACAGAAACUGCCACAAAGACAAAGUUUAAGUAAAGGAUCAAAAUAUUUCCAGUCAUGGACAAAUGUGUUGGUACCUUCAAUGAAAAAGAAAAGUAUAAAGGUGAUAUGAGUGGCCAAAAAGCUCCAGUUUGAUUUCAUCAACCCAAAGCACAUUCUUACAGAAACUUUUUUUUUGCAUUUUAGCAAAUGCCAAUUUGGCUUUUUUAUGUUUUUUGUCAUUAAUUGCAUUCUCCAGAGUCCUUUUGCAUGGAUUCUCUGGAGUGUUUUUAUGUAUCUAUGGUCAUUAAAAGAUACUGCAAUGAGGCCCUGAAGGACUUUAAAGCUGCGGGAGAUUUUCGUGACCAAUUUUUCAUCAAAUCUGUAAAACCCCAGUCAUAGCCUAAGUAUCACGAAUCCGUAAGUCUUUCUGUGAUUACUCACCUGAAUCUCUUGCAUCACG